UUGAAAUUCUAAGGAGCACAGUUGUAAUUUAAGGGGAGAGGGAAUGCAGAGUCCUUCAAUCGUCGUCUCAGUUUCUUCUGCUAUCUACUCAUAAAGCUGCCCUUGCUAGAUACUAGAUAGAUUGCCUGCAAUUCCGCUCAUCUCCAGCAAAAUUAGGGUUCGAUUCUGUGAGCAUGGUUGAAGAAUCCAUCUCUUCUUAUCUCGACAGUAGACCGGAAUCUAAAGAGCCAGUUGAUGCUCUUACUCCUGAAGACAUUGCUUGGGUUGAUUCUUGUCUGAUUAACGAGACACCCGAUAUUUCUGAUGGGAAUUGGAACAAUAUGAAGUCUGCCUUAUUGGAAAUCCUCGAUCUGUAUCCUGAAAGUUUUGCAUCUUCUGCUGUAUUAAGUGAUAAUGCUCCGGGAGGUACUAAAGAUGACAUUGACAUGCUUCCCUCUAAUAAUGAAAAGGAAUCCAUAUUUCCCUGGGGAGAUGAUGAUGAUCCUAUGAGCGAACCAGGAAUAGCUUCGGAAGAUCCACGAGACCAUGACGAUAUCGAUACAUCUCUGUCGUUAUCGUUUAGCAAGAAUCCAUUUUUACCCACUUACAAAGAAGAUGUAGGAGGGAAGGAGAAUACUCAAACUGGAUCCAGCCAGGAUUUAUCAGAAAUUGGAUAUGAGUUCCCAGUAAACGAUAUUUUCAGGGUCUGGGACUUGAACCUCCCUCCGGUCGAAGAUGAGCUUCUCGAGCAGCUUAACAAAGCCCUUUCCGAAAAUUCCUUUAAAUCACUUCCUUCAAUGUGGGAUAAUCGUAGUGUCUUGAAAGACUUCAAGGAAGAAUCACUUGAUGACUUGAUCAAUAGCAUUUCAGACCUGUCUUUAGAACAGAAUAAUUAGUAGGGACAGAGUUGUUCAACAGCCCUUGAUUUCUGAAAGUUCAUGCUGCUGACACGUGGCAUUCCGUUAUUUGUCAACUUUGGAUGUCUCACAUAGGAAUAAGGGUGAUUUUAGAGAAGCUACUAGGAGACUUAGAUGAUAGUUCUACAAUCUGUUAUUAUUUUUGGCUCAGUGCAGUCUAGUGGGAUAUGUAAGUACCUUUUUUCUCAGAAUCUUAUUGACCAUUUUGGUUAAUGACGACGUUAUAGUAAUUAAUAGGUCUAAUUGGCUGUAAAAUUUGAUUUCGUUUUUGUGAAAGUAGGUGGUACUAUUUAUGUUGAA